AUGGCAGCACUCACUGAAGAAGCCGACUUCGAUGCCGGUGAAACGUCUAAGAAGGUACCAAGUCCACUGGAUGAUGCUGGCAAUAAUGACAACUUCUAUUGCAGACGACUUCGGACU